ACUGGGCGGAGCCAGUAUUUGAACCUCGGGCCCGCUGCGGCGACGGCCCGGGGCUCGGGAGCUCGGGAGCUCGGGAGCUCGGAGGCUUGGGGGCUCGGACGAGGGCGCGCGGGAGGCUGCGGACGGGAGCCGCGAGGGGGCGAACAGGAGGGCGCCGCGAGGGAACGUCGUCCUCAGAAACUGGCCACCAUUGGUAAAACAAAGCCGGAGCGGAGGUGCCGGCCGGGAUGCGCUGUGCCGCCGGGCGUUGGAGGAGAGGCUGUGCACUCGCGUGGGCGGCGCUGGCGGCGGCGGACCGUUACUCCAUGGAGUCCCCUGGGCAACCCAGAGCAGAAGACAGCCAGUCAGUAGUCAGCAGAAUGCAGAAGAAGUACUGGGAAACUAAACAGGUCUUCAUCAAAGCAACAGGAAAAAAAGAGGAUGAGCACGUGGUGGCAUCUGAUGCUGAACUGGAUGCUAAACUUGAGGUUUUUCACGCCAUUCAAGAGACAUGCACUGAACUUCUGAAGAUAGUCGAGAAAUAUCAGCUAAGACUCAAUGUUGUGUCAGAGGAGGAAAAUGAGCUAGGGCUCUUCUUAAAGUUUCAAGCAGAACGGGAUGCAACCCAGGCCGGCAAAAUGAUGGAUGCUACUGGCAAGGCACUCUGUUCCUCAGCUAACCAAAGAUUGGCUUUGUGUACUCCUCUGUCUCGUCUUAAGCAAGAAAUUGCGACAUUUAGUCAAAGGGCUGUGUCUGAUACCUUGAUGACAAUUAAUCGGAUGGAGCAGGCACGCACAGAAUACAGAGGAACUCUGCUGUGGAUGAAAGAUGUAUCUCAGGAGCUGGACCCAAAUACUUUAAAGCAAAUGGAGAAGUUCAGAAAGGUACAGAUGCAAGUGAGAAAUAGUAAAUGCUCCUUUGACAAGUUAAAGAGGGAUGUUUGUCAGAAAGUGGAUUUGCUUGGAGCCAGUCGCUGCAAUACGUUGUCUCACUCUCUCGCUACCUACCAGAGAACAUUGCUGAGAUUCUUGGAGAAAACAUCUCAAAUGAUGCCCCAAAUCCAUGAGACCUGUACUGGCUCUCAGUAUGAUUUUGUGGCUCUCAAGCAACUACAAGACACUCCAAGCAAGCUUACUGAAGACAACAAAGAACAACUAGAAGGCAUUUUUCUCACUGAAAAUCUCCAUAAGGUAGUUUUGUCAGAGGAGGAACUGAACUUCAGAGGUGAACCAGUGGUGAAAGAUCUAUCUGAAGGUUUGUUCUCUGAAGAUGAGUUUGAGAAGGAAUUCUCAUUUCUGACGAGUCUCCUCCAUCCUGGAUCUUCAGGCACCAGUGGAUUGGGCCAGGAAUGCCAGCCUUCCUGUGGGAGCCCCACUGCCAGUGUCACAUCCCAUGGGGCUCCUGAGGGGUCCAAGCCUCCCGCCCAUUCCUCCCAGUUCCUUCCUUCACAACUCUAUGACCUUGGCCUUCAUGCUCCUGGAUCUUUCAACAGCUGGAUUCCUCAAAAGGGAUUGGAACACAGCGAUAACCUGCCAGUGCCUUUAGAGAGUCCAAAGAAGCUAACAAGAUUUCUGUAUUAUUUGUACCCUUACACCGCUUUGUUUUGUUUUGUGUUUUUCUCUUUUUCCUUUUAAAUAAAAUUAAGAAAAAAAAAGCAAUCAGUGAACUGAUCACACACUCUGGAUUCAGCCACCUCUGCCAGGACUGAAUGAAGCUUUGGGGCAUCUAGUUACGAACCAUAACAGUGGGCCAGGGUUUUUUAUAGGAGUAGUGUGGGAGAGAACACAGUGGAACAACAGGUUUUUUUAGGCCAGUUCCAUUAGCCCUCUCUCUCCCUUGCCAAAGGGAAUGAAAUUGGGUUUGACCUGAUGAUAGCAUCUGCACAUUCUGUCCUUUCCUUUGGGCUAAGAAGUGGGAGCCAUUUCUGCCCCAGGCAUGAGGAUGUCUGGAGUAGCCACUAUUGUCUAUUGGAAAAAAAUUUCUUUUGAGGUUUUGUUUUGAACCAGGCAUAGUGACACAAGCCUGUUACUCUAGCACUUGAGAAGCUGAGGCAGGAGGAUGCCCAAAGUUUAAGGCUAGUCUGAGUUACAUAGUGAGUUCAAUUCCACUCUUUGCUACAAAGUGAGACCUUGUCUCAAAAACAAAACAAAACUAAAGUUAUAUUUUGUAAUACCACAUACAUGUUCAUGUUUCUAUGAAACAGAACUUUUCAUCUUGUAAAUCGGAUACUCUGUACCAACUAAUAAUAACUUCCCAGGGGCUGGGGAUUUAGCUCAGCGGCAUAAGCACCUGCCUUACAAGCAGGCGGUCAUGAGUUCAAUCCCCGGUACCAAUAAAAAUGAAAAAGGCAAAAAAAUAAAAAAUAAAAAAAAUAACUUCCCUUAACUUCCUGGUAACUGGUAUUUUACUUUGUGUAACACACAGGGCAAGAGGGAACCAGCAGUGACCACCAGGCUUGUGUACAGACAACACAGUGUGGAAUUUAUUGUGCCUGAGUGUAGGCAGACAGCAAAAAGACCUGCUGUAGGGAACAAAGAGAAAUGUGUCCCUCUGACUGCUCUUAUCCCCAGAGAGGGACACAGUCACUCCUCACCAUGGUGGGACACAGUCACUCCUCACCAUGGUGGAGAGAAGGCAGAGGACCUUAAGUGGGGAGAUUUGAAUUAACAUGUGCUCAGAGUUCUGUGGCUGUCUUGCACCUCAAUGGACAGAGUCCUGGAAGGUCCAGUGUAAACUUUCAGGUGUCCCUAGAUGUCCUAGGGCCUGCAGAAUUCCUGGUCCUGUCUCACCCCCUUUAUGACAUCCUGCACUCACCUAGGAUGGCCUUGGUGCUGGGCUAAGUUCCCUGCUGCUGGCAGGCAGACUGUGGGCUGGGAGAGUCAGGUCCCAUUCGAGCCUUACACCUCAUAUAGUCUUUUAGUCUCUGAUUAGAUUCAUGACUUUAGAUACCCAGUGAUACUUCUGUGGUGACAAGGCAGUUCAUAGAGCGCAGUGUACCCCAGUUUCAUUUGUUCUGUAGCGUGUGACAGGAUUUCCUUCCUUAGGCUGACUAACAUUCCACUUACUGAGAUUGAUAAACUGCACUUGAUUAUCCAUAAUCUGUGGAUCACAUUUUUAAAAUAGCCUUAUUGAAGUACAAUUACUCCAUCCAAAGACCCUCCAAAGAGAGGGUCUUUUUAUCAUCUAUGAUCACUCUUUUUAUCAUCUAUGAUCAGUAUAAAUUUGUAUGUUUUCAAUGGUUUAUAGCCACUACUGUACCUAAUCAAUUUUGGUGCUCCCAGAUUGGCUUGUGAGAACCCUUUAAGGCUAAUUUCUAUAUUCUUGUGGUACAAUACUUUCACAUUUUGAAAUAACUUCAGAUUUACAGAAAGGCUACAUAGUUUACCAUGUAUUCCUAUCUGUUCUUCACUAACGUUCCCAAAGUGGUACUGUGCUUGGUAACUGUAUUUCUGCAGAUAUCCCCAUAUUUACUUUAUGUUCUGUUUAUUUGUUUAUUGUUGUAAAAUGGUCUCAUUGUGUAACUCAGACUGGCCUUGUAGCCUGCACCGCUCUCAAACUCACUGCAAUCCUCCUGCCUCAGCCUCCUGAGUGCUCUGGAGUGAUUCAGUCAGCUCUGCUAUGUCUAACUGUAUGAAUAUUGUGGCAUGGAUCCAGUGGAUACAUUCCAGGCUCUUAGGUACAGCAAAUAAGAAUUGCAAAGUAUACAAUCCAAUGGUAAAUGGUAAAUGAAAAGCAGCUAUAUUUAUUUAGGAUCAUGGGAAGAUACGCUCAGGGAACAUCUGAGUCAGCAAAGACAUGCAUGAGCAGAGGUUAACUCCUUUGAGGCCCCUAACACCUUUGGAAUGGGAUGAAAGCUCAUGCUGAGAGGAAACUAGAACUGAAUACAUUGCACGGAGCUGUGCAGCCUGUUUGCCUGCUGCUUGUGCAGCUACGCCAGGCUCCUGCAGGGUAAUCAUGAUGCUCCCCUGCAGGAGCCUUGGAGGCUGCCUUGGGCACCAUCUGCACUCACUGUCUGGACCUUCUUUCCAAGGCCACCACCAUGGUGAGGAGUGACUGUGUCCCUCUCUGGGGAUAAGAGUAGUCUGUCUUCCAGGUGAGGGGUCUUCUCACAGGUUCUUAUGGGCAUAGCUCAGGCUGGGUGGGUUCUGAGAUUAAUCCUUGCACUUGAAGCACUCUGACUGGUUACCAUCAUUCUUUGGGAUUCCUCAGCUUCCUCUGAGUUGUGUGUUUUGUCAUGUGCCUUAUCGGGCAGAGCGAGCAUGGUCUUCACCCUCAGUUCUUUAUCCAGUCCUCGUUUGCCUUCUGUGCCAUCACAGUUACUGAGCACUGAAUAGGCUGCAUCAGCCAGUUGGCUUAUUUCAUCUCAUGGGCACAGUUGAGAGUUUUGGAGCCUUUGCCUUAUCUCUGGAGCUGACUAAUAAAAUAGUGCCUUAGGGUAAUCUAACCUCUAGACUCAGUCUAAAGUAGUAUAUUCACAGAAGGCCUCUUCAGGCUGAAGCUGAAAAGCAACUGGCUUCUCACUGGGCCCCUAACAGAUGUGAGCUUAACACAGUUCAUGAGAUUGGGCAACUCUUUUUUUUUUUUUAAUUUUAUUUAAGGAGAAAAAGAAAAAAAAAGCAGAAAAAGGGUACAAGUUAUACAGAAUUUCAGAAAAAAAAUAAACAGUAGGAAAUCACUAGUUAAUGGAUUACAUAUUGUCAUCUUAGAAAUAUUUGUUCAAGUUACAAAAUUAAAGAAUAUAAAGACAUUCAAACAGUGAGACUGUAAACAGUUCUGUUCAAUGAUCCAACAAAACUCAGUAAUAUCAUUUGUCUAUCUUAUACACUUAAAUAUACAUGCAGUUAUAUCAUUUAGAGCACUUUCUUUCCCUCUCUUUUGUACAUUUUGGGUUUUAUUGCUCUCACAGUUCUUAUUACUUUUUUUGGAAGAGAGUAAAACCAAAUGUGACAUAACAGAACAGAGUUGGUUUACUUAAAAGUAAUAGAUAAUGUAAAAACAUAAAACAAGAUGAUCAACAAUGGUUACCAUAAUGCCUCCCGCUAUCUCAAAUAGAAUUGCCUAUAUCAUCAGUUAUAAUAAAAUUGAACAAAACAGUAAAGAACGAAACCAACAAAACCAAAACAUUGGAGACAUUACAGGUCUUCAAGAAUAGAUAAUAGUCAACCAGAAUGGGCGUCAUAAUGAAUCCCACUAUCUUCACAGUUGUUGCCUUAACUUUCGAACCUGGUACUAUCAAGCAAAACAGAAUAGAGGAACAUCAGUCAAAACAAGAUGGUGAGAGCAAUACAGGGCUUCAAAUCAAGUUAAUAGAAAAUCAAAGUGGGUUACUAUAAUAUAUCCUGCUAUUUUUUAUUUAUUUUUCCCUUAAUUAAAAGGAUAAAAAUUAAAAAGUAAAUAAUAAACUGGAAAUUGAGAUAAAAGAGGGCAUAACAAUAAAACAGCGCAGAUCAAAACAUAACCAUUUAAGCAAAAUAGUGUUUCACCACAAGAUAAUCCCAACAUAAAAGUAGUUACCAUAUUGUCUCUUUACUUGAAAUCUUUGAGUAUAACUUCGUAUACUGUAGCAUCAAAUAUAUCAAAACAAUGUAAAACCAUUCAAGAGAAUGACAGUAUUACAGGGUAUUUAGAAUCAACUAACAGAAAAUGAACAAUGGUUUCUGUAUAAUCUCCUUGUCUAUAAAAGUUUUUGUUUAUACUAUCACAUAUAAUAAAAUCCAAUAAGAUACAACAUGUUAAGACCUAUGGAGACAGAAGAACAAAAGCUUGAUGGGACUUCAAAACAAGAUGAUACUAAAUCAGCAUUACCUAUUAUGACGUCGUUUUCCCCAAAAUAGCUGUUCCUAUCAUCCAAUGUUCUCUGCCUCAUUUCUGUUGAGCUCUUUUUUCUAUCAUUAGUUGUCAGUUUAUCUUCUUCAUUUUGUUUUCUGCUCCAUUCAUUGUGGCCUCUCUGCCACUAUUUCUGGAUUCUUCAUAUUUUUCUUUUUUAGAAUAUCCUGCAGUAUUGUCUGUAGAGUUGAAUUGGUGGUUGCAUAUUCCCCUAGUUCCUCUUUAUCCUGAAAGCACCUUGUUUUUCCAUCAAUUUCUAGGGAUAGUUGUGCAGGAUAUAUCAAUCUUGGCUGGAGGUUAUUAUCUUUCAUAGCUUGAAUUAUUUCUCCCCAUGCUCUUCGUGAUUUGAUGGUUUGUGCCGAGAAGUCUGCUGUAAUUCUGAUGGGUGUUCCCUUGUAAGUGAUCUGUUUCUUGUCUCUGAUGGCUUUUAAUAUUCUGUUCUUAUAUUGGAUUUCUGGCAUUUUGAUUAUUAUGGGUGUAGCUCUGUUUGGGUUAUAGGUGGCUAGGGUCCUAUAUGCUUCAUACAUCUGAGUAUCUUUACCUUUUGCUAAAUUAGGAAAAUUCUCCUGAAUCAUUUCUGUGAGUAGCUUUUGUAGCUCAUUUGUUUGUGUCCCUACCUCUUCUUUUAUGUUCUUAAUUCUUAAGUUAUAGAUCCUCUUAUCAUCUUCUAGUCUUUGUAUUAUUGCUGUUUGUUUCUUUGUUAUUUUUAAGAAGUUUUUCAUUUCAUCCUCCCAUAUUACAAAUCUGCCCUCCAGUUCAGAUAAUCUAUCCUUAGUUUCUUUCAAGCUGUUAUGCCAGUUUUCAAUAGAGUUUUUAGUUUCCUGGUAAUCUCUUUGAACCUGCUUCAUGUAUUCUAUGUUUUCUCUAUUUUCUCCAUCAAACAAUUCUUCCCUCUUUUUCUGUUCUUCCAUUCCACCAUCUGCUUUUUCUUGGGUGGUGCUUAGCAUUUCUCUAACUAUUCUGCUUAGGUCUUGCUUCAAGUCAUUAAUAACUUCAUUCCUGAACUUGUCUAUGAGGCUCUGGAGAUAGUACUUUAUGUCUAUUGGUGCCAUGUUUGCUAUUGCCUGUUUCUCAGGAUUGGGGGCCGAGGAGCCUUUCUUGUUGCUCCCUCUUCCCAUAUUCUUUGUUCCUUAUAUAUGCAAGCGUAUAUAGGAGGCCCAGCUUCCUUCCCUGUCGGCCACAGUCUGAUUGAAUUGAGCCAGCUAGGUGUUCCCACCCACCGCAGCACAUCAGGGAGUUAUGGAACGGGCAGCCUAUGCGGGGCCUGCCCCUCCAGGUCAACCUACUGAAGGCUUCACCACUAGGGUGCUCCUCCAGGCGCUGGGACCUGGGUUGUGCUAGCCUACUGGGUCUCAGUCAGCAGCAUCAUGUAGGCUAGGCACUGCUCACCAAUCCCGCUUGAGAGGGGGAUAUGUGACUGAAGUCACUACAGCACCCUGUUCCAGCAAGUCUGCCCGGUCCCAGAAUAUCCUCUGUGGGAGCCUCCUAGACGGUGGAAGAGUCACAGUUUCUCUCACUCACCGCAGGUUGAUGCACCAAUUCCUGUUCUCAGAGCUUUCACGCUUCUCUCUCCCUGCUGAGCCAAUUCAGAUGCAGCAGCAGUGGCAGGAAACCCAAAUUGCGGCUUCCAAUAGUGCGGGCUCGAGCUUCCACGCUGAGGCUUUAUCUGUUCCUGUUAUAGCACCAGGAUUGCAUUACCAGUUGGUUUCUCUCAGCCCAGUUCGUUCUUGGGUCAGCAGGGUAUAUCUCCUUUUGCUUAGGAUUCCUCACUCCACACCAUUCCUGGAUUCUAAGCUGGGUCUCGCAGAGAGCCUCGGUAGCUGCUGCUAUCUGUCCACCAUGUUCUCCUGAAAGUUCGAGAUUGGGCAACUCUUGUUGUGUACCUGCUAACAUGGCCUUGAUGUAUAACUUUUCCUAGCUUCUCUACUCCCAGUGUUGUAAUUCCAUUGAGCCCUUCCUGGGAUCCAAAUAAUAAUACCACAGUUAGCUGAUUAUCAGACAGUGAAGCUGGAAAGACUUCAUCGUUGACCUGUUUUGCAACUUUUAUAAUCCUUUUCCUUUCUACUGCUGUGCAGUAAGAUGUGAGGAUAAACUGGAUGUCAGAUCAAAAGCCAUCAUUAGGAUUUGGAAACCAUCGGGAACCUUUUCAGGAUCCUUAGAAAAUCUCCCCAGUUUCUCCUGACUGACAAAGGAACUAGCAUACAGACUGCCUUUGGUGCCUGCUACACCUUGAAGGGGAUAGAGCAGUGGCAGGCUCAGAUGUAGGGUUCCCUGAGUCUAAGGCCCUAUGGAAGUAGGCCAGACCAAGUAUGGGAGGACUCAGGAGAUGGCCUUUGUCUCGUGUGAUUACUGACUAAGCCGGUUGCUGAGGAGGUAGUCAGUUGGAAGACACUGGCAGGAGGGAGCCUCACCAACAUCUGCUCCUGAGAUGACAACUUCUAGGCUACAGAUCAGGCCUCUAACCAUUUGUCUUGCUCUGUAGAGUACAGAUGUAGUUGAGAUAUGGCAUUAUAUUGCAGGCUGUCAAGGGGUGGCCAUGUCUCAGUUUCCCCAGGUGGAUGCAUAGACCAUUUGUUACUACACAGAAAUAAAAAGUGAUCUCUAGGUAGGUCUUAGUGUGGAACUCAUCCUGAUGGUUAAGAAGACAUCUGAGUGGGGACUUGGAAUAGAAGAGGUUGUUCCCAUCUAUUGACAGGAGGAGUAAAAACUAGAUCUAGGAUUUUAGCAGUUGUACUAAGUUUUUUAGACACCCCCACCCCCAGGAGUUUGACCUGGAUAGGUCGAAUGUCAGUUUGGCCAGAUACAGGAUUUGAGAUUGAAAGCUCUUUACCAUAACCCUGUGGCUGUUAUGUUAUCAUCCAUUGACUUCUAGCACCGUAUGUGAAAGGUCUUGCUUCAGCCAGGUUUCUGUUCCUCGUUAGGUAUUUCUCUUCUCUCUGGGGAAGCCUUCUCACUGAAACUACAGAAUGUCACCAAGAUGUGUAUAGGAGUAAGUGGAGGAUUCAGUGGACACAGACAACCUCAAGAAUUGAAUCCUGGGGCUGGGGAUUUAGCUCAGCGGCAUAAGCACCUGCCUCGCAAGCAGGCAGUCGUGAGUUCGAUCCCUGGUACCAAUAAAAAGACAAAAAAAAAAAAAAAAAGAAUUGAAUCCUUUAGCUCUGAAAAGUUUUCUUCAGUUAUUUCUUUAAUCCUCAGUUCUGCUCUUUUUAAAAUCUUUUUAUGGGACUCGUAUCAAACAGAUGUUGGAUGUGCACCUAUCUUCUCUGACUUGAGGUUUUUCUCUGUUCAUUAGCUACUCAGUCAUUGCAGUCUUAGAUAACUCAUCCAUUUGAUCUUCUAGAUUGCUCAUUCUUUCCUUGAGUAUACCUGUUCUACAGUGCAUAUUGUCUACUGGAUGUUUAAUUUCAGAGAAGACUGGAUGGUAUUUCUUUACAUUUCCAAUCUCUUCUUGUAUCUUUCUGAAAAUGUUGGCCACUCUUCUAAAGUUUCCUUCUAUAUCAUAGAUGAAGUUGGCUUCUUGGGACAUCAGGUCUUCUAUUUGCAGGGUCUUGUGUCCCUCUUAAAUUUUCCUUAAAAAUUUUGAUUCCUGAUGGAGCACUCAUAUUGUACAUGAAUGUCUUUUGUGCUCAUGGCUUUGAACCUAAAUUUCUGUACAAGGUUGAACUAGCAUUGUGAUAGUGAAAUAAAAAAUUGUCAGGCCUGAAAACUUCAUAAAAUGUACCAGCCAAAAGGCCUUUAUGAAAGAUUUACUAAAAGUUUGUGCUGGAGAGAAGUUUAGAACUUCUCUCCAAUCAUUCUGAAAGAGAAGUAAAAUACAGAGUCAUACAGGGCAUCACAGUUCCUUGACCUCCGGGCAGAACUGUUUCCUCCUUUUCCAAAGCAUUCUGUUCUCAGUCCCUAACCAAAUCACCGCAAGCAGUUUCCUCAUGUAACACCGAGCCUUUUCUUCCUCUGUGUUUGGGUUUCUUUUUUCCUCUGGCUGCUUUCCUCCUCUUCCUCCUCUUCCUCUUCCAUUCCUGAGGGUUUUUUUUUCCUCUUGCCUCCCCUCUAUCUCUGUUUUCUUUCCCCUUGUCUUCCAGCUCUUCUUUCACCCCUGAGAUUUCUCCUCCUGUACCAUCUUUCUCCUUCAGCCCUGAGUUCUUUCUCCCUUCACUUGCCAUAUGGCUGCCUGCCACUCCAUCUUGGGGCUUCCUUUUCCCUUCCAUUGUGAAGAAACAGAGCUCCUCCUUUCUGGCCUAGCAACUUUCACCUCUAAUAAACAAGAAAUUCAAGCCAUUUCUUGAUGUGGCUUUAUGUGCUGAGGUUUUUAGAGGUUUAUCCACUUUUCUUUGUAUUUUAUGGUGUCUUCUUUCUUGAUGUGUGUUCCCAUUUUGUGGGAGAAUAUCUUUCUCUUUUUAAAAUUUUUUUAUUUUUAUUUUAAAGGCAGUAAAAUUAAACACAACAAAACAGAACAAAAUACAACAUAAGAAAGAAAUGUAAGAGAUACAAAUUUCAAAGCUAGAUGAUCAGAGAUCUUCACUAUCAAUCAUAUUGCCUCAUUUUCUUCCAAAUAGUUGUCCAUAUCUUCGCAUACAAAGAAUUCAUACAAAACAACAUAAUAUAAAACUGAUCCGAACUGAAUGAGGAAGGCGCUUUAGGUCUUCAAAACCAGACAAUACAGAAGUCAUUAAUGGCUGUCAUAGAAUCUCUCAUUCUCUUCAAAAUAGCUGUCCAUACUUUCACGUAUAUUGAAGUUCAAAACAAAACAGGCAGGGGAGGAGGGGUUGCUUGGUUUCCCAGCGCUCCAGAUUCCAACAUGGGUCCCAGUAAACAUUGGUGGCUCCCAUCCUGGGCCACUGGAGCCUGCCACACUCAUAGCCGCUCACCAGGCAGGGAGGGGUUGCUUGGUUUCCCAGCACUCCAGGUCCCAGCAUGGCACGGGUCCCAGUAAACACUGGUGGCUCCUGUCCUGGGUCUCCGCAGCCUGCCAUGCUCACAACUGCUCACCAGAGGAGGAGGGGUUGGUUGGUUUCUCAGUGCUCCAGGUCCCAGCAUGGCACAGGUCCCAGUAAAAGCUGGAGGCUCCUGUCCUGGGCCACUGCAGACUACCAUGCUCACAGCUGCUCACAGGAGGUAGGGGUAGGAUGGAGAAGGGUUGCUUCACGCUGUUUCUUUCUAAUGAAUUAACUGUUUCAUUGCUCAAGUUAUGAAAUGGGCAACAAAUCAUAGAAAGACAUCUUUUUAGGCUCCUGCUUGAAACCAACAGUGUCAGGAGGCUGCCAGCCUUGAUUCAGGGCCAGUGGAGAAUAUCUUUCAGUAAAUUUUUCAUAAAGGCCUUUUGGCUCAUACAUUUUCCGAGGUUUUGCAGGUCUGAAAAUGUCUUUAUGUUAGUAUCACAAUGCCAGUUCAACCUUGUACAGAAAUUUAGGUUCAAAACCAUUUUCUCCCUGAAUGUUGAAGGCGUGACUCUCUUGCUUGCUUCCAGUAUUGCUGAUGAGAAAUCUGCAGCUAAGGUCAGAAAGGUCCCUGUAUCUGUUGGUGAUUUUUCUUUUCAGAGUUUUCCCUUUAUUCUUUAACUUCUCAGACUUCUCAUGCCCAAAGUUGAGAAAGGAAAAGUUUAUUUCUUACAGUUUUUGGAGGUUUCAGUCCUCAGUUGGCUUCAAGGCAGGGUGGCAUGGCGGGGCCACAGUUCUUGGCAGCUGCAAACAGCAAGGCAGAAACCAGCAAGAGAGCAAGACACACCUUCUUCCUGCCAUUACAUUAUAUACUGGCUCCACCCCUAGCUAGAGGUAGCACUGACACCAUCAAUCCAAGCACUUAGACAAUGAACCAGUCACAAAUGCACAAUGCAAAUGCAUGAGGCCUGGGGGCCACAGACAUAAACCAUGACAGUCCUCCUUUUAGAACUUCUACCUGGACAUUGUGAUCUCCAUCUGUUAUCUCUAUUGCAUGCUGCUCCUUCCAUACAUCCUAUGACCUUGUAAUUUUGGAACACAUUCUGGGAUAAUUUCUUAACUUGGCCCCCAUUGUACUUUUUCUAUCACUGUAACAAAUACCUGAGCUUUGUCUAAUUUGCUGCUCAGUUCAUGUACUUCUUUUCUUUAAUGGUAAGCUUUCAAUAUCCUCAGUAUUUUAGAUGUUUUCUUUCUCUCAAAUAUGAAAUGCUGCCUUUCCAUCAGGAAUUUAGUCUUAUUUAUAUCACCCACUAGUAAGUCUCUGAACUUUGAAUCUAACUUAGAGGCCAUCACCUGCUCUGUGGAUGUCUGUCUUCUUUGCUAAAGGACUUUUUCCUGUUUCUUUGCCUGUUUAGCCAGCUUGGAGCAGACAUGUGAUAUUGUGGUUAUGUUGUCAAAACCAGAUUCCUUUAAAAAAAAUGGAUUGUUCUGUAAGAGUAAAUUUAUUCUUGCACACAAAUUCAAAACAAUGAGAACAGUAUUGGAUUUCAAAAACAAGACAGAAAAAAUCCCCCAUAGUUGCUAUAUUGCAUUAUCCUCUAAAUAGAUGCUCAACUUUAGGCCUGCAAAGUCAAUCAAACAAUACAGGCAUUAAGUUGCUUUUUUACUUCAGUAGCUAUCAUCUCUGCCUGUGUUCCUCUGAAUCAGCUGGUUGCUUAUAGCCAGUUGCUUGGCUCUUGUCUUCCAGCCCAUGUGUCAGCUGGCUCUCAGAAGGGUUCUGGCUUUUUGGUUCUCUUCCUGGCCCGCCUUUCCUAUUAAUUUAAUAUUCACUGAUAGUUGUUCCAUAAAACAUUUAGUAUAGUGUUAGGGUGGUUCAAAAACAUCAUUCUUUCCACAGGAUUGCAAACCAAAUUGGAUGAGAACCAAAUAAUUUCCCCAUAAGGUCCACACUGAACAUAACCAUUGUGCCUGGAAGCAAACUCAAGUCCUCAUGCUUGCCAGGCAGGCACCAUGCUGCUGAGUUAUAUACCCAGUGCCUCCAACCAUUUAAUUUGAUUUGGUUCUAGUCCAAUUUUGUUUAUGACCAGAAUCAUAGAAUUAAGUUUAUGAACCAAAGUUCAUAAUUCUUCUUCUUUUGUGGUGUUGGUAAUCAAACCUAGGGCCUCACAUAUCCUAGGUGAGUACCCUAUAUCCCAGCACUGAAUCAUGACUUCCUGUUUUUUGGGGGCAUCAUUUUUUUGUGUGUGGUGCUGAGGGUUGAGCACAGGGAUGUCACACUAAGCUGCAUCACAAGACCUUUUAAUUUUUUUUACUUUGAGAUAGUAACACUAAGUUGUUAAACUGCUUGAGCUGGGCUUGAAUGGCAGUCCUCCUGCCACAGCCUUCUAGAGUGCUUGGAUUGUAGGCAAGCACCACCAUACCAGCUUCCCUCUGCAUUUAUGAGUUGGCACUUCACUACAAGAAAACAUCCCCUUGUCAUGUUUGUUUAUGAGUUUUUUGUCUUUUUGAGACAGGGUCUCACUAUGCAGUUUGGGCUGGCCUUGAGCUCACUUUUUGUAGCCCAAGCUAGUCUCAAACUCAAAAUGAUCCUCCUGCCUCAGCCUCCCGGGUGCUAGGAUUACAGGUGUGUGCCACCACACCUGGCCCUUAUUUACUUAUUAUUACUUAUUCUAUCAGUGUACACAUUAAAAUCCUAUUUUCUAACACUUUAAGGUAAAAAGAAUCCAUCAGUCCCAAGCAAACCACAGAAUCACAUUGGCAGAUUCAGAAUACAGCUAUCCCUCAAGGGUUUAGAUGACUUAAUUUGUUUUUUCAAAAAGUCAGCUACAUUUGUGCUCAGUCAUUUAAAAUAGAGACUACAGUAUAAACUAAGCAAUGAUGUGUGCUGUAAUCCCAGCUACUUAGGAGGCUGAGGCAAAAGAACUGCUUGAGCCCCAGUCUUCAAAACCAAUCUGGGCAAAACAGUAAGACCCUGCCUUGAAAAAAAAAAAGAACUAUGAGUAAAUUUUAGACAAGAACUCUGUGUUAGCUUUCUAUCACUGUAACAAAUACCUGAUAUAAACCACAUGAAAGAAAGAGAGGUUUAUUUUGGCCCCAGUCUCAGAUGUUUUAGUUGAUGGUCAGUUGCUUCUGGGCUUAUCGCUACAUAGUCCAUUGCAGUGGGAAAAGGGAGGUGUUGGUCUGGGUGUGAUGGCACACACCUGUAACCCCCACACUCAGGAGGCAGGAAGCUCAAGACUUCCUUCCAUGAGGCCCACCUAAAGUUUCCACUGCCUGCCUGUAAUGGCAUUGGCCAAAGACCAGGCCCUGACAUUUGGGGAGGAGUCAAGAUCCAAACUCUAGCAAACACAAAACAGAAA